AUGACACGACCAGAAACUAUAAUCCCUCCUGAACCAGAAUCUCCCUUCCCUAUCACUCAUGAAUCAAGAAUCAUAAGUGGGUUCGGUAGAGGUUCAUCUGAAUUAGGUAUACCCACCGCCAAUAUCCCCAUCACUCCUGAUUUAAAUCAAUUAGAUACGGGUAUAUACUACGGAUGGUGUAAAGUGAUUCCUCAUGUUCAAGAAAAUGAUGAGAAAUUUAUUCGUAAGAAUGGUAAUGAGGUGAUUAUAAAUCAUGGUCGAACCCUUUGUAAAUCAGAAUUAACCAUUUUACCUAUGGUGAUGUCGAUUGGAUGGAAUCCAUUCUAUCAUAAUAAAGAAAAAGCAGCCGAAGUUCAUAUUAUCCAUAAAUUCGAUUGUGAUUUUUAUGGUGCUUCUUUGAAAUAUAAUGUAUUAGGGUAUAUUCGUCCUGAAUUGAAUUAUACUACCAAACAAGCUUUAAUUGAUGAUAUUAAUCUUGAUAUAAGUAUUGCAAAGCAAGUGUUAUUAGAAAAAGAAGCUUAUCGUCAAUUUAAAGAUAAGUUGUAA